AGCGCAAAACAAAGCGCGCGCUCCGCACUCGUCCCGUCCUUCAUCAUGGGAGAUGCGCGCAUCGUGCUGACGACGCUCAUCAACGAGAAAUUGCUGGCGCCUGGCCCCAAAAAGCUCUAUGUGUCCUACUACCGCAAGCGGGUGUACGCGGACCUGCUGCCCGACGGCUCCAUCCGCUUUAAGGACCAGGUCUACACGUCGCCUGUGCCUUGUGCGCUGCACAUGAAGCGCACUCUCAAUCCCUCUCUCAAGACGGACGCGGGCUGGUCGUCCAUGUACUCAGCGGCCUCAGGAGAGAGUCUCAAGGACAUAAAAGACCGUCUCAACAUCCGCAAACGCGGCACAAACGCUCGCUCCGUCCAGAAAGAGAAGAAGGCGCCCACACCGUCACCCACAGCGAAGGAGCGUAUGGCAGUUCAGGCAGCGGCAGCAGCAGCUCAAGCGAAGCAGAACGCAGCUCCAGUGUGUAGCUGUGGUGACAAUUAUGACAACUGAGAGGUUAUACUGACAGGGUGAUUUCUUUUUUCGAGUACAGAAGUGCGCAACCUGUAGGACAGAAGCCACGACGGACGUGGCCCAGUGCAGCGCUUGCCAUAGUAAAACCCACUUCAAGUGUGCAACUCCGGCGCUUCAGACAGCACCACCGGCUCCCUGGUUCUGCGAGAAAUGUCUGACAGGCCAAGCCAACAGGAUCCUCGAGUUCCUCCAGCAGACACGACGAGUGCUCGUGGAGAGAAUCGCAGAGCAGAAGGAAAAGGAGAAGCAGGAAAAGCCCAAGGAGGCGAUUGAGGCCGAAGCUGCCACUAUGGAGGCCGAAGAUGUCACUGCGGAGGCCGAGGAAGAACCUUCUAGCGAGGACAAGGCGCAGGAGGAAGCUUCAACCGAGGAUGACAAGGACAAAGAUGCAGAGAAGGAAAAGGAUGCUGAAGACGCAGUUGCUGAGGCGGACGAGAAGACCGACGACUCGACUGGUGAUAGCGCAUCUGCUUCAGUGGACUCAGAUGAGUCGAAAAAAGACACGGCUGCUCCAAACGACGAAGCAGCUAGUGAAGCCUCUGCCGGUGAGGCGACAACUACUGAGGAGCAGAACGAGGCCACGUCGACGCCUGUUGAAUUUCUGAAGGAGAAGGAGAUCAAACAGGAGGCUAUCGACACGUUGAAUGCUGACGAUGCAGCAGUACAGGCAGAGAACCCGGAAAAAGAAAACGAGACCAACAAGGGGGAUGCAACAACCAAAUGCACGGAAGACGAUACGCAGCUUGUAGAUGCCAAGGUUGCGAAGUCUACCAGUGCCGAAGAAAAGUUCCUCGUGCUGAUCGAUAGUCUCAUCGCCGAUGUGUCGUCGAAAACAGAGCGAGCCAAUCUGAUCGCUAACAGCACCGGUGCGACGCUGGUGCACCUCGAAAAAACUCAGCUCGUUCAACUCGUAGAGUAUGGGAAACGUGAAAUCCUGGCGGCUACUCGACCAGAAAGUGACGAUGACGAUGAGCAGGACGACAAGGCGGGAACUGAUCACGAUGGUAACACCAACUCGGAAGUGGAUGCUCUCAUCAAGAUCUUCGACCUACGACACCAGAUUUUGUCCUCGCAAUCGCAGUUUGAGCGCACCACUAACGCUCUGGCCAAGCGCACCGAAAAGAACUUACGCAGUGCUGAAAGUGAGCUUAUGGAACUGGAGGAGUCACGAACUGCAGAGGCCAGGGUCAUUACCAAGGUGGUGGACUUGAUUGAUCAGUACUCCAGCGACUUGAGCACGUGCGAGCAGAAGAUUCACUUUACCGAGACGCUUCUGGCGAGUAUCAACCACCGUCGCAACUUUAUCCGAUCCACCAACAUCAACGACCGCUUUGUGCCGUCAUACCGCUACAGUACGAAGCUCAUGACCACGAGCAGUGACCAGCUGCUACUAACCGUGUUACUGGAUAAGCUCCGUGAUAUCACGGAGUCCGUGAACGAGUGGACGAAGAUGGAGCGCCAUUUCGAGAAGAUGACGUCCAGUUUGAACAAGUCGCUGACUCUAAUCGGCACGAAGCGAAAGCGUCCAAGCGCUUUGCCACUGCCACCUACCCCGGCACUGUUUGCCAAGGUGAAGAUCCCUCCGUCGCGUCGCCUUAUUGAGCGCCAAAUCGCGAACUAUGAGGUGAACAUGAAGGCCAUCCGUCAGAAUCGCGCUCGCAUGCGCAAGACGCUUUCUGGGAUCUUGAAGAUCGCUCGCGAAGAGCAUCUGAGCGACGAGAUCGUCAACAUGACGGACAUGUUGUACCAAAAGUGUCGUGAUUUGAAAGCUGAACAAGAGGAAGAAGAGCUGAGGAUUAAGGAGGAAGCGGAGGCCGAAGAAAAAGCCAAGAAGACACGAGAAGAAGAAGAACGAGCUGCUCAGGACCACCAGAGUACUGAUGACGGCGAGGCGAGCGCAGAAGAACCUGAAGCGAAGAAACAACGCUUGAGCAAGGAUGACCCCGCCACCGGUAAUCGCUCCAACGCAGCUGCUACGCCACUGAAAGCUGCCUCAUCUAGUGAAAUGAAAGGCAUUUCGUCGCUGCUUGGAAGCGAAGAUUCGGAUGCCAAGGAGUCCAACUACAGCUCUGCCGAAAGCAAGUCGCGCGGCGACAAUGAGGAGGACAGCGAAGCAGAUCUAGAGCAAGCAUCUCGCGCAAUCGCUGACAUUUCUUCAGUGCUGCCGGACAUUUCAGGAGGAGGCGACUCGCGUACUGACCUUCUCACCUCUCCGCCCAUGAGUGGAAAGUCUGCGACGGAGGCUUCGCCUGGUCAAUUUUCCAUUCGCGGAGGGAAAGGAACAAGCAGCAAGCGCGACAAACAAGACCAGCAAUCGUUUCUGGACCAAGCGCUCGAAGUUUUGAAUAAACAGCAGCAGCAUCAGCAGCGUCUCGAACAAGAACGCAUUGAGCAGCAGCGCCAACGAGAAGAGAAGAAGAGAGAGUUGGAAAGGCAGCAGUUGGAAAGGCAGCAUCAACUUGAAAGGCAACGCCAACUAGAGCAACAGCGCCAAGAGCAAGAACGACGAGAGAGAGAGCGUCAAGAGAGAGAACGCCUUGAGAAGCAACGACAACGCUUGGAGAAGGAACGUCGCGAGCAACAGCGUCGAGAACAAGAACGGCUGGAACAAGAACGUCGCGAACAGCAGCGCAUCGAACAACAACGCAUUGAAGAGCAGCGUCGCUUAGAGGAGCAACGUCGCGUUGAGGAACAGCGGCGCUUAGAGCAACAACGGCUAGAGCAGCAGAAACGUCUCGAGCAACAAAAGCGCUUGGAGCAGCAACGUCUUGAACAACAGCGUCUGGAACAGCAGCGGCUAGAACAGCAACGGCUAGAACAGGAAAAGCAGCGCCAAGAGCAACAAAGGCUGGAACAACAACGGCUGGAACUUGAACAGCAGCGUAAGGAGAAGCAACGUCAAGAGCAGCAACGACGACAGCAGGAGCAACAACGAAUGGAGCUCCAGCGUCAUCAACAAGAACAGCAGCGCCAGUUCCAACGCAGUAAAGCGCCCAAUCUGCCUCAAGUCGUGGCAUCCGGAUCGUCUCACUUGCAGAUGCUCAGCCAGCAGCAACAGCUCCAGCAACAACAGGCGACACUUCAGCAGCAGCAACACUCUCGUCAGAUUCAGCACCCUCUGUACGGUGAUAUGCCCAAGGGAAUGCUCGGUAUGGGCACGGGGCAGCAAGAUAUCUACGCGCAGCAGGCAGCUCAGAUGGGGAUGGAUAUCCACGACGUGGUGCGACAUCAGGACUCGAGCCACUUUGCACAGGGAGGGAUCCGCGGAGCACCGUACGAAGUCCCGCGCAGCGAACCAGGACCGACGGCACCACGCACGAGCUUCUACGGCGACGAAGGGCAGAUGCACUCGCAAGAUGUCUUCGGUUCGCAGGGUUUGCCUGGCCAGCAGCGUCAACUCUCCGACCAUCACAUGUUCGCCAACGAGUUGCAGCAACAGACAGACCAGUCGCGGAGUCAGGACUUUUUGAUGGGGCGAUCGUACCGCGGACACGGAAUGGAUCAGUCCGACAACAACGACGUCAACAUGGACGACUGGGGCCAGUGAGACCAGCACAGCUAGACGGGAUGGGGUCGUGUCAAUACUAUCGGUACAUACAUGUAAGCCAAUUUGUUGUUUUCUUACCACUUCGUUUACCUCGUGCUGGCCUCGUUAUUACCGUGAAGAUGCAGGGAGAUCUAUUAGAAAUUGGAUGCCGGGAACUCUCGAACGUGUGAGGCGAGUCUUUAAUGCUCUCACAUCUCUUGUCGCCCGUACGCAUAAAUUAUGAACAAUUUACUAGGAAGGCAGGAAGCUCCCGCCCUCUUAAAGCAACGCACCUGUAUGCGUCGCUAAGGUGGUGAACGGCUUCAGACCGACACGGAUCGAGCCAACACAGCCAGACGCUGUUGCAGGUGCGUCUCCAGACGACGCUGGGAGGUCUGAGCGUAAGUCUGGUCCUGCUCCACUGUGCGUUUCCACCGGUCCAGCUGCUCCAGCUUCUCGAUCACGAUCUUGUGCGUCAUGACCAUGGUGGUCUCGCACGCUGGGAGCCUCCUCACAGCUUCCUGAGCCAGAGCACUACGAGGGUCGAAGUUGGUUCGUGCGCGACGCACAAAGUCGCUCACGACCUGAGGAAACUUGGGCAGACGCAAGUUCUGAAGCUCGCGAGCGAAUUGUCGGUAUCUACGACGAGCUUCCGGCUGGAUGCCGAUGUUUGCAGCCUCCAUGAGCUGUCCAGCCUCCACUGUAAGAGCGAAUGGACCAUUGGCGAACUCCUUCACAGAGCCAGAGUACUGAGAGGAUACGACAGUGGCCAUGGCCAUACGUAGCAGCUGCAAGGCCUGGUGAUAGAGCCCCGUGGCGCGGUCGAUCUGCUUCUUGAUGGACUCACAGGACUGCACCUCGGAGGCGUACAUGGCCACGUUUGUGUGCAUCUGCAGGGCGUCUGGAAGACGCAGCGUCCUGAGCAAUAGCCCCAAUAGUCUUUGCUUCUCCCUCUCGAGCUGCUCGAGUCGUUCAUCGACGUCCAUGUCGUCCUCGUCAUCGAAGCACACGUCGUCUUCCUGUGUGCAACUCUCACUCAUCUCCACGUCUUCCUCGCCCUCUGGUUGGACAGAGUAGCUGCGACUACUAGAGAACGAAGAGCGGCGCUUCCAGUCGUCCACAAGGGAGCUGGAGCGUCGCUCGAGUCUCUGGAGCUCGGCGUCGGCACGUACAGCCUCGGCCAUGUGGUGGCCCAGUUUCUUCUUGAGCUCCUCAGUCUUCCGCUUCUGGUGGCCCGCAGAGCCCGUGGCCAUAGCUAGAUAUUUCUUGAUCAUACCUCGGUCCUGCUGGGACUCGAACUGCUGUAUCAUGUGUUUCUGGUCCUCGCGGAUGCGGACGGAGCGGCGUCUCGCACGACUGAGCUCUGUCUGCACCUGUGCGAGCUCCGGAUGAGGCUCGGCCACGUCUCCAGCCUCGGAGGAGAAGACGUCCAUGUUCUGGAUACGUCUGAGCCUCGCGACUUCGUUGCUGACCUCCUCGAAGCGGCGGAAAAGCCCGCGAUCCACAGCCUGUUGCAUCCAUGGGCUGUCCUUGCCCAUCAAUUGCUCGCCGGCAUUCGGGAGGCUCUGGGUACGCGCGCGAGUGAUGGUCGCAGCGGCUUUGGCGGGGUUUACGCUGGCUGUGGUGGGGCGUGGAGGUAGCCCCAGCGCCGGCUUGGCCAGCAGUGGACUGGACGGCGUCUUGCUGAACGACGAGGCCAGAGACGUCGACGCGUCGUCCUGCGGCUGCGGGGACAGCAUCAAGCUGGGCGGCAUCACGGGCGGCCUGGGGAGCUUCGAGCGAAGACCUACGGGAUACACAGCCAAUUCGAAACUAGCGUCUGGGGGGCUUUGCCAAGUGCGACAUUCACUCAGUUCUGUUCAGCGAAGAGAAGCGAGCGGUUAAUACGGGCGGGUCUUUGUGUCGGGUCGGGUCUUUUGGCCCAUUUGAAUGACUGAAACUGGUGGACAUAUUCGUGGCAGAGACGGGCCGCCUAAAUUCACUUGAAAUCUUUGUGAAGAGCCACAGCACGUGAGCUCGACGACUGCGCGUAGCUGAUAGCUGUGGGUGGAAGCCGAGGCGUAUGUGGCGGUAGUACGCUACUACCAGUAGCAUCCAAGUCAGCAAGCCUCGCUGCAAGGCUCGGUGUAGAUGUCGCCUUUGAGACGCGAUUCGUAUCUCAACGCAGGCUUCACUCUGUGCGGGGGUCGCGACCGCUCGACUUUCUCAGGCGCUGCAGCAGCUGAGCUCGUUUCACUCCUUCGACUUGAAGCGGUCGAGAAGAUGGCGUUGCAAGGCUGAGACCAUCGCUGCUACUGGUGGAUGUGCGGCAAAGUUCACCUCCAAUCUUUCGGAUUACGGACCUUGGGCGCAUCUUCGAGCACGAUGCUCAACACUUUUAUCCUUGCACGGCAGAGCGCAUACUUCCACUCCACUGAAGCCAGCGCCUGCAUGUGCGAUUGCCUGAAGCACCGACGGCGUUUACUGUUAUUGCCGUGAUCUUUCGCUCAUGCUGCAGCAGAUUGUGCGCAUUUUGCGUGUUAACCAUGUGGCAAGUUGACAUGUGCCGUUUCGUGAGCAAGGACCACAGACUAAGAUUGGAGCGUUGCGGGCUUUGAGAUGGAGUUUUCUUGCUAUAUUCUCCUGUUGGUGCCUGGCGUGACGUUUCUGGCGGCUGCAUUGUAACAAGCGACGCUUGGAGCUAGGCGUACAGCUGCAAAGACUUCGUCGUUGAGAAGGAAGCAGUCGCCAGAAACGAUGGUCUCUCUGAUCGUCAGAUACUGAAGCCUGGCGCGAGAUCCUGCCGUGGUGCGCCAAUUAGCGUCGACAAGGUAGACGUUAAUAGUACUGUUUGCUACAUCACAAGCUUGUUUUCUCACGUACCUAAUUUACGUUUUAAUGGUGAGGCGAGUUCGUCAAAACCUUGAGGUUUUCGUGAGAUUCGAUGCAUCCUUCAUUGCGAUAUUCUUACGCAUUUGUCGAGACGCACGCCAGCAAAUCUUUGUUAGGAAGUCGAUCAUGCUGCAUUGCUUCAUAAACUUAUCGGAUCGCGUCAGCGGGCAAGAUAGCAACCUUCGGAUUCAGCAUUAUGUAUGCGUAGCAGAAUCGAGCAAAGAUGGCUACACACUGCGCUGGAUCGGUCAAUUCAAUCUCGCGCCGGAAGUCGCAAUGAUAGAGCCCUCAGCGCAAUUGCCAGCACGAAUCAUCCUGACUUCAGCUCGAUUCCCCACGUUUGCCUCCCGUUCACACAGAAUGCCUACCAUCAACAUCGAAAUCGCCUGCGGCUGGUGUCUCUACUCACGCCAUUUCUCAACUCAAUUAAGUUGUUGGUAUUGAGAUUUGCCUUGGCACUAGCAGACUGGAUCAGAUCCGUUGUUACUGCUGUCAUUGGCGCCACUAGCGAUACGAACACCAGUGCCAUUCGAAUCGAUGAUUGGGUGCUGCUGCAGCACCACUGGUUGAGCACUUCUGCUACAACCUCCAGCAAUGCUAACAUCAGCUCCAGUAAUGCUACCGCCGUGUUGUGACGGUGACAGUCACCUCCAUUUGUUCCUCGAUGCAACCGCCGUCUCGUCACCUUCAUUUGUUGCUCGAUGCAACUCUGGACGCGGAUGUUAUUUUACAGGCAGCCAUGCGAUAACGUGUCGAGGUGCGACUCGCGACCUAGCGACUGCAAGAGACAGGGAUGAAUUAAGCGCUUUCGUGCUCAAAGCUGACGGACGUAGAGUUCGCCGGAAAGCAGAGGAUGCCUUCACUGCGAUAGGUUCAAACAAUAAGUGUUUGUGAACUCGAACUGU